AUGGUACAAGAUAAUUUUGACCAAUUGGUCAAUGCACUUUCCAUAACUCCUUUACCAAUUGAUAUUGUUUCAAAACUUACAUUUCUGAUUGAACAGCAAACUUUAGAAUCUUAUCCAUCGUUUGUUUCUCAAUCCAUACAAUCAUUACACGUUUUAGAACAAUGGGCAUGGCAACAACUUAGCUAUGAUUCUUAUCAAUGGAUUAAUCAACUAAAUUAUUUAACUUUAUUUCAAACACUUUCAUCGUUUAAUAAAAAUUUAAUUUGUAAUUUUGAUAAUAUUGAAGUUGAAACAAAAGCAUUACUUCUUAUUUCUUGUACAAUAGAUCAAAUUAAUAGUAUAUUUGAACAAAUCAAUCAAAACGAUGACGAUAAUGAUCCAUGUAUCGCCAUAAUUAGUGUUUGGUUUGAUAAUUUAGCAUUUUUUAUUUAUGAAAAUCCUCAGUUUGACAUAUCACCUAUUAUUUGUCAUAUUAAUCAAUAUAUCGGACGCAACUAUGUUAUGACGGAUCAAUUCAAAUUUUAUUUAACUCAACUUGAACAAACAAACUUAUCACAAUCAAUAUUCACAACGAAACAAUUAUUUUAUAUAAAAACAUGUUCAUUUUCAUUAAGUUCAUAUUUAGCUGCCAAAACUCAAAAUUUUCUUUUUACUCCUGAAGAAGUAUUACAUCAUGUUAGCAAUAAAUAUUUACAAAUAAUUAAUAUUCAUAGUCAUACGAUGGAAUCAUGGAGUAACGAACUGCUUAUUUGUAUUACUUAUCUUACUGGUUUUAUUUGUGGAUGUUGUUGGUGGGGUGGAGAAAAAUUAACACACAUAAAAAUACUUUUUUCUACUGAACAAAUAUCUAUCAAUCUUGUACAAGGACUUAUUCGUAUAAUUAGUUAUAAACCAUUUUAUAAAGAAAUUAAAAGUGGAACAUUGAAUAAUGUACUCAUUUUAAUUGAUAUUAUUUUAAAAUUUUUAUUAUUUAUAUUACAAACACAAAAUAUGAUUUGUUUUUUUCGUUCAAAUAUAUUAUUACCUGAUAUACUUUUGACUAUUGCUGAAAACUCAUCGUGUGACAAACUCUCUUUAUGUGCAUAUUCUGUUUUAAGUGAAGUUUUAACUGACGAAAGAUUAAAAGAAUUAAAAGUUACCGAUAAUAUUUGCAACCUUCUUUUUACUAUACUUGAACAAGGAUGGAAUCAUCCAUUGAAAAAAUAUAAACAUAUUCCAAUUAUAUAUUUAUUACGAGGUUUUAUGUCUCUAUCAAAGAGUAGUACUAUUCAACAAAAAGUUUUUGAUGGACACAGAUUAUCACUUUUUAUUGAAAUGUGUGAUGAAUAUCCAAUUGUAUACGAUAUUAUAUGGACUUUUUCAUUUAAUCAAGAUAUUCAACAACAACUUCAUUCUAAUUCAUUAUUUAUGUCUAAAUUAACUCAUUUAGCUAAAGAAUGUGAUAAUGAACAAAUGUGUAAAAUUAUUCAUGGAAUUCUAUGGAAUCUUAAUAUUAAUCAUGAAAAUCGUCCAAUAACAUCAGAAAUCAACGAUGGAAAAACAUUUGAUAUUAUGAUUAGUUAUUCACAUAAAGAAAAAGUUCUCUGUAAACAAAUCUAUGAUGAAUUAAUUAAAUUUGAUUAUCG